AUGCUGACCAACUCAGACCAGUCCCUCUCCCGCUCCCUUACACCCAACCUCCACUCUCCAUGCAGCUCUGGAGGAAAUAUACGCGUCCAGUCCUCCCUGUCCCUUCCCGAGCCUGAGGCCUGGAGGAAGCCCAGCUCCACCCCCCGUCAUGGCCUGGCUCAGGGAGCCCGGUCCAGCUCCCUGCAGGUUCCCCAUGCCGUCCCCGAGUACCUGGGGCUGCCUCUUCGAGCCGCCAGCUUCGAUGUGUCUUAUGAUCGGGAGGACGGCUCGUCCGAUCAGGGUUCAGGGUCUCUGAGCCCCAACCUCAUGCAGAGGCGCCGCGGGGGACUGGUGGAGCAGAAAGACAUCAUCAUGGCUCACCAGGCUCACAAAAUCCAGAGCACGCCGCAGGCCCGCAGGAAGGAGUGGGAAAUGGCUCGAUUUGGAGACGAGUGCGCUCCCAGCACGGUGGACUCCGGGGAUGGAGACCCGGAGUGCGGCGGGGAAGGAGCGGACGCGGCUGCCGAGAGUCUCACUGCUUCCAUCAGACAAGCCAAGGCGCAGCGGGCCCGGACCAUGGCUAUGUACAACCCCGUGCCCCACCGGCAGAACUGCCUCACCGUCAACAGCCUCUCUGUUUAG